UUCUGUUCGCCAAAUCUUACGUUUCUCCUUUUCCAUUUUCACACCGCCUCUUCUCAGCAACGCGUCUAUCAUGUCGCACCGCAAGUUUUCGGCCCCUCGACACGGGUCGAUGGGGUUUGUCCCCAAGAAGCGGAGCAAGCGCCUCCGCGGCAAGGUGAAGGCGUUCCCCAAGGACGACCCCACCAAGCCGAUCCACCUGACCGCUUUCCUGGGCUUCAAGGCUGGCAUGACGCACAUUGUGCGCGAGGUGGACAAGCCGGGCUCCAAGGUGAACAAGAAAGAAGUGGUUGAGCCGGUGACCAUUCUGGAGGUUCCCCCGAUGAUGAUCGUGGGGCUGGUGGGCUACAUCGAGACCCCCAAGGGCCUGCGGGCCUUCAAGACCGUCUGGGCGGAGCACCUGAGCGAGGAGUGCCGCCGGCGCUUCUACAAGAACUGGUACAAGUCCAAGAAGAAGGCCUUUACCAAGUCGAGCAAGAAGUGGCAGGAGGACCUGGGCAAGCAGGAGAUCGAGCGGGACCUCAAGAAGAUGAAGAAGUACUGCAAAGUGAUCCGCGUGCUCGCCCACACCCAGAUGAAGCUCAUGCGUCGCCGCCAGAAGAAGGCCCACAUCAUGGAGAUCCAGGUGAACGGAGGCUCUGUGGGUGCCAAGAUCAAGUGGGCCAGGGAACACUUGGAGAAGCCGGUGACGGUGUCCCAGGUGUUUGCCCAGGACGAGAUGAUCGACGUGAUCGGCGUCACUAAGGGCAAGGGCUUCAAGGGAGUGACGAGCCGUUGGCACACCAAGAAGCUGCCCCGCAAGACACACAAAGGUCUCCGCAAGGUCGCCUGUAUCGGUGCCUGGCAUCCUAGCAGGGUGCAGUUCACGGUGGCCAGGGCAGGCCAGAAGGGCUACCACCACCGGACGGAGAUCAACAAAAAGAUCUACCGCAUCGGGCAGGGGGUGCACAAGAAGGACGGCAAGCUCGUGGUGAACAACGCCGCCACGGACUACGACACCUCCAACAAGAGCAUUACCCCCAUGGGUGGGUUUCCCCACUAUGGCGAGGUGAACUGCGACUACGUCAUGCUCAAGGGCUGCAUCAUGGGUCCCAAGAAGCGCAUCAUCACUCUACGCAAGUCGCUGCUGGUGCACACGAAGCGCGCCGCCCUGGAGAAGAUCAACCUCAAGUUCAUCGACACGUCGUCCAAGUUCGGCCACGGCCGCUUCCAGACUCCGGCGGAGAAGCACAACUUCAUGGGUCCCCUCAAGAAGGACAAGCUGAAGGAGGAAGCUACUGCCUGAGCUGUCCCUCUCCGAGGAGCAAUAAAAUGUGCUUGGUGCA